UCCCAAAAAAGCCAAUCUCCAGUUCCUGAUCUCCCAAAAUUCGCUUCUCUAUUCGUUUGCCCCCACCAAAUAAAUUUUAGAUUCUAUUAAUUUUAAUUUGAUUUUAAUUUUUUUUUUUAGUUUUAGUUUCAGAACUUGAAUAUAUACAUCCUUCCUCAUCAUCGUAUUGGAACAGAAAAAAAACCCUAAUAAGAACGAAGCGACAGAAAAAGAAAGAAACAAAUCUUUGGGAGCCUCCUCCUCUCUCUUUUGUUCUGGUGUUCCUCAUCGAGUUAGAGCUAAGAGAAAUUUUAUUCGUUUUCCUCUUCAGGUGGAUCUGUUGAGUUUGCUGAAAACUUUUUAGGUAAAGUGAGCAAAAUUGUAUGAAAACUUAUUAUGGAUUUGAUGAUGCUCUUGAGAUUGAUCUAAUACUUAUUAUGGAGUAUUUGGUUUUGGGUGUUCCCUCUAGGACUUCGUGCUGCAGAUUCCAGGCAGAGCAGAUGGAUGAAAACAACGCUGCAAAGUUAGGCGGAAUCAGGCAGAUCGUGAGACUAAAGGAGAUUUUGCAGAAAUGGCAAAAUGCAACCAUUGGCCCCAAGUCAGAUAUCGCUCCAUUAGCAGCUGGAAAGCAAGCGGCGGCAAUGAUCUCACCGGUUAUCAACAAGAGGCUAUUUGCCGUCAAGAAUUGUGACUCGGAUGAGGAAAACUGCCAAAGCCCCGAGCCUCCCAUUGAUGUUCCCAAAGGGUAUCUAGCGGUUUAUGUUGGACCGGAGCUAAGGAGGUUUAUCAUACCAACAACUUAUCUUAGCCACUCUUUGUUCAAGGUGUUGCUUGAGAAGGCAGAGGAAGAGUUUGGGUUUGAUCAGAGUGGUGCACUCACCAUCCCUUGCGAGGUCGAGACUUUCAAGUUCUUAAUCAAAUGCAUGGAGAACAAUCCUAAAGAUUAUCACCCUGAAGACACUCCCGCUGGGGAUGAUGCAGUAGCAGCAAAUGAAGACUAAAUAGAAAUCAAGUGAUGAACAACUCUUAAAACUCUUCUUUUGUUAUUAUGGUAUUGUUAUCCUUUAUCAUCAUUUUAAUCAUAUGGAAUUGUUAGGGAUCAUUACUCUGGGGUGUAAUUGUAAAAUCAGAUUAUCUUUGUAUUUUCCUGGUUCUUAUUUUCUUCUCCAUUAUUUUUCAAGGAGGGAUUUAAGUUUUCUUUUUA